UUAGAUGGCUGGAGUCGAAAGGUGACUGAGCUCCACCACUGAAGAUUCGGUUGUUGACUAUCAGUCAGUCGGAUUGAAUGUGUCGAAAAAAAUCCCAGGUCUAUAAGUCCCAAGUCGAACGAUUCAUCCGUCAGGCCCGUGCCAACGAAAUAUGAGUAGCGAGAGCUAUAAUGCCCGGUAUUCAGGUAGAUGUCCCGCAGAAGAUCGUUCUGAACUCAGAAGGGUAGCUGAUGCCGAUCAGCCACGGACCUCAGCGACACCGCCCGUCGACUCCGAAAUUGGUACGUACCAGAGGAUUAGAUGGACAGAUUAUUCACUGUCGGAAUUGGAAGUGACCGGAUCAAUAAAGGGGCGUUCUCAACUGCGAGGGGACGCCCAACCAGACAUUGGAGGAGGGUUACGGGAUCAACACGGCGCCGGUAGGAUCAGAGGGUAUCCGGCAUGUUCACCUCCGACCAAGAACAGGGGAGGGGGAGCGAAUGGCCUGCUACCGGGGCGAGCGAGAUACAGGGGGCAAAGGCGAACGAAGGCGCAGGAGGUUGAGGUUGAACGAGAGACGAAAGAAGGACAGGAGGGGAAGAAAGAGACGGUCGAGGUUGGAGGAGCAGCGUCUCCUCAGGCGUCGGUCGAGCAGGCGAGAGGGAGAUGGAUGGUCGGGUGAAUGGGGAGAGUUCAGACUUACGAGACAACAGGAAGCCUGCAGUGGGAGCCGGAGUGGGAAGUAAGAGCAGUAAGUAAGAGUAAGUACCAGAAUGGAACCAGGCCGGGCCCAGUCCCGAUGUCCCACCAGCGCGGCCAGUAAC